UUUUGGCCGGCUGUAGGGAGCGGAUCAGGCGUGCCCGCGCGGAGAAGGUGUUUUUGCAGCGGGUUCAGCUUCCUUGCAGAAGAAGCUGUCGCCAAGAAUUAUCCAACUUUGUGCGGGAGGAGGCCACUUCUCUAUUUCUACCAACGGCUGAAAUUUGCGAAACUUCCUAGUGGUUUCAAGCAAGCGGCUUCUGUCUCUCUCCCAUAUAAGUUCCUCCAGACGGACAAUGCCGUGACAAACAGAGGUUCCAAGCGUCUGGCCUCUUUUGUCCCACAGGGACUCUUCACCAAGGUGUUAUGUGGAUUUUCUGGGUGUUUGGUGUGGCCUGGAUGCUGGUUGGGGAGGCCAGCACUGCUGGAUCCUUCAUCCGGUCAUGGGAGUCCAUGAGCCCAGCACACUUCCAUUUGGAGAUCAGGGAACAGCUCAACAGGACCCAGGACUCUGCCCGCAAUGUGGACUGCAGGGAGGUGAGGCAGCAGAACGUCUCCAAACGCUGCUCCUUUAUUCAGAACAACCCAGACUGCCAGAUGGAUGGUGGGUUUCUCAACUACCUCAACGGAGUCUUCUGCGUCUUCCCAGCAGAUCUACUACCUCUUGCAGUCACCCUCUAUGUUCUGUGGCUCUUCUACCUGUUUCUUAUCCUUGGUGUCACAGCUGAGAAAUUCUUCUGCCCCAAUUUAUCUGCAAUCUCCAUCAAGUUGAAGCUGGCCCACAAUGUAGCUGGUGUCACCUUUUUAGCCUUUGGGAACGGUGCACCAGACGUCUUCAGUGCUGUGGUGGCAUUCUCCGACCCACGGACAGCUGGCCUAGCCAUCGGAGCCCUCUUUGGUGCUGGCAUCUUUGUCACCACCAUAGUGGCUGGAGGUAUAGCCAUAGUGAGACCUUUCACUGCAGCCUCUAGGCCAUUCCUCAGGGAUGCCAUCUUCUAUAUGGUGGCUGUGUUUCUGACGUUUGUGGCUCUCUACUUUGAGAAGGUCACCCUGGCAGAAGCCCUGAGUUAUAUUGGGCUCUACAUCUUCUACGUCUUGACAGUAGUGGUCAGUACGUGGCUGCACAAAAGACAGCGCCGAGAGAACCUGGUCUCUUCUGCUCCUACAGAGCCAGAACUUCCAAGAGACUCUGAAGAUGGGGACUCCUCAAGUUUCAGUGGAGGAGAAUACAGGGAAGAAUACCAGCCUUUGCUGCCCUCAGAGGAGAGUACGUUCCAAAUCCUGACACAUUCCAUGAACCCCCUGGAUUACAGGAAGUGGAGGAGGAAACCCUGCUACUGGCGUGUCCUCAAGGCCUUCAAGUUGCCAGUGGAGGUGCUGCUGCUGCUGACAGUCCCUAUCGUGGACCCUGACAGGGAGGACCAAAACUGGAAGCGACCUCUGAACUGCCUGCACUUGGUCACUGCCCCCCUUGUCUGUGUUCUCACGCUGAAGUCUGGAGAAUAUGGCUUUUACAAGAUCCAGGCUGUGUUCCCAGUAUGGGGUGUGGUGAUCCUAUCAGGGGCCCUCUUGGCUGUGAUUGUCUUCUGCACUACAAAGAAUGAAGAACCACCCCGAUAUCACAUUAUAUUUGCUUUCCUGGGUUUUCUGGCCAGUGCCAUGUGGAUCAAUGCUGCUGCCACAGAAGUGGUGAACAUCUUGAGGACUUUGGGUGUGAUCUUCCGUCUGAGCAACACUGUCCUUGGGCUGACACUGCUGGCUUGGGGAAACAGCAUAGGAGACACUUUCUCAGACCUCACCAUGGCUCGGCAGGGAUAUCCACGCAUGGCCUUUUCUGCUUGCUUUGGAGGCAUUAUUUUCAAUAUGCUUGUUGGAGUUGGACUUGGUUGCCUGCUGCAGAUGACAAACACCAAACUGGUAGUGAAGCUGGACUCAGAUGGCCUCCUGGUGUGGAUCUUGGCUGGAGCUCUGGGCCUCAGCCUGGUGUUCUCAUUCCUCGCGGUGCCUGCCCAGUGCUUCCACUUGAGCCGAGGAUAUGGCUAUUGCCUCAUUGUCUACUACUUGGUGUUCUUGACAGUUGCACUGCUGACAGAGUUCAGGGUUAUCCGGCUGUCCACCAUCUCCUAAGGAAAUCUCUUGCCCCGAAUCUUGUUUGUGUUGCCUUGUGACAAUGGAGGAAGGAUGACAAGCCCCCUCUUGACCGGGAAGUCUACUGGACAGUGCCUUGAAACAGAAAGCAGCCUGUGCUGUUGACAGACAUGGAACAGGCCUGCUGCUAACCAGAACUGAUUGUUACUACUGAGGGAAGGAGACCAGUUUGACUCUCAAAAAAGAUAGGCCACCAUAAAGUCAUUGUGGGACGAAGGCAAUGACCAUCCUAGCUGCUUUGUUGUGGCUUUUAUAACCCAGGGCUAAGUGGGUGAAAUUAUGCCCCAAAGCCCUUAGGAAGUUGUCAAGCCCUGAUCAGUAUUAACUUUCCUCCCCCCUAUCAAAAGACAUUAUUUUAGAUUUGGAAUAGUGAUGUGGAGUUACACUGGGGGGGGGGGGGGUGUUCCUUAAACCAAAAGAUUGGGGGAGGGAUUUACUAAAUGUGGGUUUUAGAUCCCUUUUUAACAAGCUGGAGAGAAUUUUUUUCCCAGAGUGCUGAAAGUGGCAGUGUAUGAACUCUUGUACUUUCAAAAAUGUCUCUCUCCGAGUUGAACAAAACUAAAGAGAACUUUCAGUGCCUCUGCCUCCAGCUUCAAUUUUAUGUUUCUGGUUUCCCACAAAGCCCUGCUGAAGGCUACAGAAGCCAAUUCUUAGAAUUUGUUUUAUUGUUUUUACUGAAUUUGCUUCCUCCUUCUCUUCCCCACAAAUUGCUUUUGAAUAAGCAAUUUUCAAAGCAUUCAAAUGCUCUCAGGGGAGUGGGUUGUUCCCACUACUUUCCAGCUUUUGAAAAUUUCCGUUAAAAAUGCUGUCGAGGUCAAGUUCAACAACUCCUCUUUGCUUUUAGUAACUGUCUCAUCCAGAGCUGAGGGGUCUAGCUAGAGUGAGCUCUGCUGCAUCAGACCGGAGGGCCAGCAGCAUUGUGGUUCCUGCAGUGACCCACCAGAUGCUGACAAAAAGCAGUGUUGGAAGGGAAUAAAUAGCCUCUGUUUCUGUUAUCCCAUAGCAACAGGGAUUGAGAAUCAUACUGCCUGUGUCCAUGGAUGUUCCAUUUAGUCAUCACAGCUAGGAAGAUGGUGUGCAGAAAUUUGACACAGCCAGGACUGCUGUUUUUGUGCCUUACCAGAAUCUUGUGCAUCUGGACUUCCAAGUUCUCUGUCAUGGUUGUUGCUCUCCAAAAUAGUAAAACUGCAGAGCACAAGAGCUAUGGCAUCAGCGUCGUGCUUCUAAAACUUCAGUUUCAGAGGGUAGCCAUGUUGGUCUGCAGUUGAAUCUGGUAGCACCAUAGAGACCAAUAUGAUUUUCAGGGAAAGGCAUAACUUGUCAUUUAUAAAGUUCUGGGAUAGAGUUUAAGUAAGCACAGUCCCUUCUUUUGAGAAGUGCCAGAUAGCUGUUGGCUGCUGAUUUGCACAAGGGAUGACGUUGUCAUUGCGAAAUGGGCAUCUCCGAACUGAAAGCAUGACAAAGUAGUUUUAUUCCUUGGUCAGCAUUUCCAGAGUGAUCACAAGUUUUAGCCAUCUGUAUUGGGCAACUGAGAGACAGCCUCGCAAAAGUAUCUUAGUUAACCUACGCAGACAGUGUGAGAGGAUGAGGCAAGCUGAAAGGCUUUUACUUAGUCAUUUUGCACCGUGAUCAAUUCUGUGGUUCUGUGGAACACAUCCCAGCAUGUUCCCCUCAGCUAUGCAAACUAACCUAAAACUGUUGAAUGCAGUUUGAGUUCAGUGGCACCUUUGAGACCAACAAAGUUUAAUACCGGGGAUAAGCUUUUGUGUGCCUGCACACUUCUUCUAAUACACAGCUACACACUUGAAUCUAACCUAAAGCUGUUGACUGUCCUCCUGCAGCUAUCCUCAUCCUGAUCCUAAAAUGCCUGGUACACGAGGAUACAGUGUCAUAGCAGCUUAGAACUGACCAGCUAGGGAAGCUAGAUCUUUUGAUGGAAAACUAUAACUGGAUAUUGGCUUUGAACUACUGGUUUUGAAGCAUUCCAAAGGCCUGUUUAGAAAAUGGAUGAGAUUGACAUGAAGACCCCAAAAAAGGAGAUUGGAUUUAUACCUCACCUUUCAUUACCUGAAGGAGUCUCAGAGUGGCAUACAAUCUCCUUUCCCUUCCUUUCCCCAUAGGUAGGUGGGGCUGAGAGAACUCUCCAAGAACUAUUCUUGAGCAGAACAGCUCUGAGAGUUAUGACUGACCCAAGGUCACUCCAGCAGGUACAUGAGAACCCCGUUCUCCCAGUUAAGAGUUUGUGCACUUAACCGCUAUACCAAACUGGCUCUGAUUUAGCAUGAUUGUAAAAAAAAAAAAAAAAAAAAAAAGCCCCUAGUAAGUUCAGCACAGUUGGUGUUGGGCAGGGAUGCAUAGAAAAUUACUAUGAUGUCAUCAUUUCCAGACUAUUGUGUAUAUUUCAGAUGCUUUGGGAAUAAAACAAAAUUGCAUAGCCUUUA